UAAUUGAAAGAUGGUACAGGUAAAAUUGUUAUAGAAGUGCUUCUUGGAAAAUAAUAGUUUUUAAAUUAUUUUCUUUGUUGAUAUCACCAAAUCCACACAUCAAUGCAUUUUGCACUAUGCGGUAAAUUGGAUAGUUUCAUUUUGAAUUUUUUUAAAUAAUUUACCGGAUGAGAACUAAGGUAUACGUUGGUUAUCUAAAAACUGAUCCAGACUAGGUAUGAUCUAGGUGUAAAGCCAUGUUUGUUAGGUACCUACCCUUAGUUAUUAGAUACAGUCAUACAAGCAAUUACAAUCUUGCUGACCAUAAAGCUUAUUUUUUCGGCACUUCACCCACCUCUUGACCUAAGCGGAACAGUGAACUAUGCACUUCCAAUGAUAAGGGGUAAAGAUACAAUUGAGGGCAACACUGUGAUAUCCCCAGUAGCGGCUGCGUUGUCACUGGCAACACUGACCUUUGGUUGCCCAACAAAUGAGAGCAUGCAGCUCGAACUGUUUCACGCACUGGGAAAACAAUCUGAAAACCAGGUUCGCCGCUAUGUUGACGCUAUUCUCCUAGAUUUAAGAAGAGCCCGCGGCAUAGAACUCACUGUGGAAGUCAGGGCAUAUAUAGCGCGUGGUCUCAUACUUAAAAAAAGUUUCAAUUGGCGUUUGAAAAAUGUAUUUAAGGCAAAGUUGGAAUAUUUGGACUUCAAAAAUAGACAAGCUGCUCUUCUUGUUUCCCAUAUUAACGAUUGGAUAAAGAAUAAAAUGAAAUCGAAUAUAGUAAGUUUAGUACAACCCUCUGAUGUUCCUGAGUAUCCUUCACUUAUAUUAGUCAAGGCAAUACGUUUUAGAGGAUUUUGGACUAAUCACUUUAAACAUUUGUUCCCUGCAAUGUUUCAUUCCCCAUUGGGCACAACCGAAGUGCAAAUGAUGAGAAUCAGCGCUCAUUUCGGAUACUAUGAGCAUAAACCAUUAAAGGUAUCGAUGAUUAGUAUGCCUUUUGGCAAUAAAACUGAUUCAUAUUUCCUCAUCCUAGUACCAAAGGACAAGGGAGGGUUACAAAAUGUACUAGAGGCUCUGAAGAAUUACCCUCGAUAUAUUCAGGAUGGAUUGAAAGAAAUGAAAACAACAUUCCUCACGGUAGCGAUGCCAAAGUUCAGAAUAAUAAUGAAGAACAAUCUUGAUACUUUGUUUAGAAAGAUUGGUGUAAAGCAAGUAUUCGAAACAACAAGCGGUAUGAGUAAUUACCUCAACGAAACCUUCCACCCACCCAACUUGUUCGUGACUGGGGGAUUUCAAGAGAAUAUAAUAGAGGUGUCUGAAACUGGUACAUCUGUUCCGGGGACCGGUCUGCCAUUACAUUUUGAUAACGGAUCGUUCUCCAUCCUAUAUUAUAAUAUUAACCACCCUUUUAUAUUUUACGUUAUUGUGCGAACGAGAAUUCUACUUUUUGGCACAUUCAAUAAUGUACAAACGGAGCUGUUUCUAGGCAAAUACAAUGACACUUUAUUGUAGUUCAGUGUACUUUAC